AUGCGGCAGAAGCGCAAACUCUCCAAUGGCGCUGAUGAGCGAUACCACCCCAAUGCCCAACAAACGGCAGAUUUCGGCAUCGUGCUGCGCGACUUUUAUCCGCCAGAAAUGAGCAACGCGCGGUGCGAAGCUUACAACAGCGGAAUCCUGGAGCGGCCGAUUGAAUCAUGGCAAAAAGCAUACACAGAGACGAGCGCUCAGCAGAAUGCGAUGACCGCGAACGCGGCAGUGGUGCAUUGGUUCAAAUCCGAUCUACGUCUACACGACAAUCGCGCUCUGCAGAUGGCGUAUAGGGUUGCGCGGGAGCACAAGAUCCCCCUCAUUGGGCUUUAUAUUCUCUCCCCAGAGGACUUGACUGCUCACCUGUCAAGUCCGGCGCGCGUGGAUUUAACACUGCGCACUUUGGAGCAGCUCAAACGCGAUUUGGGGGAACUCGAUGUCCCUUUAUAUAUGGAGACACAGGCAUGUCGAAAGGACAUUCCGCGCCGCAUCAUCAAUCUCUGUCAAGAAUGGGGCGCGAACCACCUCUUCGCCAAUCUCGAAUACGAAGUUGAUGAGCUCCGGCGCGAGGCAAAGCUUAUUCGACUCUGCGCGGAGAACGGGAUCCGAUUCGAGACUGCGCACGAUAUGUGCGUUGUGCCACCGGGAGUCCUUUCGUCGCAGCAAGGAAGGCAGUACGCAGUCUACAGUCCAUGGUUCAGGUCAUGGCUCGCCUUUCUGAAUGAGAACCCGGAGUAUCUGGAGGUCUCUGAGGACCCGACUUCGAAUCCCGGCGAUGCGAGGCGCUAUUUCAAAGAACUAUUUGAAUGUCCCGUGCCGGCGACGCCGGAAAAUAAGAGAUUCGACGAUGUGGAGAAGGCGGACCGUGUCCGCCGCGCAUUUCCCGCUGGUGAGCAUGAAGGGUUGCGGCGGCUUGAAGAGUUCUUAGAGAAAGCGACAGCUUAUGAUGAUGAAAGGAACUUUUUAUCGGGCGAGACAACGUCGAAACUAAGUCCGUACUUUGCAAGCGGGUCAUUGAGCGCGCGGACGGCCGUUGCGAAGGCACGCGAAGCAAAUGCCGGUAAAAUAUCUCGCGGCGAGGCCGGGUAUAUAUCUUGGAUCAGCGAAGUCGCUUGGAGAGACUUUUACAAGCACGUUCUGGUUCACUGGCCGUUCAUUUGCAUGAACAAAUGCUUCAAGUUUGAAUUCACGAACAUCGACUGGUCAUAUAACAACACCCACUUCGAAGCUUGGGCGGCCGGCAAGACAGGGUACCCUCUGGUAGACGCCGCAAUGCGCCAACUACACGCAACCGCCUGGAUGCACAACCGCUGCCGCAUGGUUGUUUCUUCCUUCCUCUGCAAGGAUCUGUUGAUCGACUGGCGCCGCGGCGAGCGCUACUUCAUGGAGCACCUCAUCGACGGCGACUUCGCGUCCAACCACGGUGGGUGGGGGUUUGGCUCAAGCACGGGUGUAGACCCGCAGCCCUAUUUCAGAAUUUUCAACCCCAUCCGCCAAAGCGAGCGAUUCGACCCUGACGGCGAGUUUAUCAGACGUUGGGUGCCCGAGCUACGCGGCGUGGAGGGGAACGCUAUACAUGCGCCGUAUGAGAGGGGCGCGGGAGACAUCGCGAGGGCGAAUGGGUAUCCAGAGCCGAUCGUUGAUCAUGCGAGGCAGCGCGGUGUUGCAUUAAGGAAGUAUAAGGAUGCUGCGCGGGGAGCAUAA